UGGCCAUUGCCAUUCUCUCUGGUCUUUUUUCACCAUUUUUUUGUCGCACGCCACUGCUCAAGGGCCCGUGUAGACGGACGGUCCCAUUUGUCUGUUGGAUGGGUGUAUGAUGCGCGCGUCUGCCCCUCCCUCGCUGCCCGCGUACUGUGGUUGAUGCACGGCUCGACCACACCGACAUGCGAGCGCUGUGGCAUGGUCGCGUGCGAUAGGGCCCCUGAGGACAAGGCGUGCACGUCCAUGAUCCUGGUGACGGCUGGAGGGAAGCCCCGACCAGGAGUUGCCGUUCGCGCUACUGGCAGAGCGGUGGAUGGUGGUGGCCUUGGUGGGGGCCACCGCCGGAUGGGGAUGAACGCGGUGGCGGCGCCGCCGGGGGCGGAUCGAGGCGGCGAGCGAGCGGGAGAACACACUGCUCUCCUUUGGCCGCGUUGCCGACCACACGGCCGUCACCAUCGUCGAGUUCGACGUCCAGCUUGGACUCUCGUCGGUUCGUCUCGCUUCCUUCGACUGCACUCUGCUAUGAUCUAUUGUGAUGACCCUUGUUUGCUCGAUGGGCGACGCUGGUUGAGUUUGUUUCUACUUGCGGUUGUCGCCUGCGUCGACGCGUUUGUCCUUCUGUCCUUCGCGUUCAGGUUGUACAAUCUUGCCCGUUGCUGUGUUAACGUUCUGCUCGUUGCUCCGUCUCUGUUUUACUCAUCAAGAUGGCAGCAGUAUAUAAAAAAUAUAUCACUAAUUAUGUGUAGAGUUCAUUCUUGAUAGGAACAGAACUGUUAUAGCUGAUAUCAACAUGUCAAGGUGAGUUUCACCCAAUCCUUCUUCACUCCUCUCUCCCUCUCUCUCUCUAACUCUGCAACUCUGCAAGCUUAUGCAGUGUGCUCUGCUCCAAUGAUUUUUAAUUGAUGUAAAUAGAUAUCUCGUUUUCAUUUUCUAUGCUGAAAGGAAUGGUAAUGCUUAUGUUUUACUAUUUGUAAAAUUAACAUAUGCUAGUUGGCUUCUUCAGGUGGCUUAUUGUUGAUUUUAUUUUCUUGUCCGCCUCUAUGAAAGUUUCGAAGGACUUGUCAAUCCAAUGGAUUCUGAUGCACAAUGUUGAAUUAGAUAUGUCUGCCAGUAUGCAGGCCAUCUUGAGUGUCUCAUCUCGAUCAAUGGGAACAAGAAAGUACACAUAUUAGGAAACUUAAAUUUGACAACACUUAUUUUCGUCUAGAUGACUGCCAGUAUGCACGAUGUUGAAUUUUGUCCGAAUAGCGUACCUAAACAAUUGGUUGUUCAUCUAGAUUAAACACCCAACUAUAAGAAUGGGUUGACGGCACUAAUUGACUAUUGCUGCUUCAAUGUUGUCCAAAUGCAUCAUUUUUUGCCAUUAAUUUUCCAGACGAUAUUUCAGAGGCUUCUUAUUAGUGAAUCCCAACUUCCAUACAAAGCAUGAGUGAAUUUCUUGUUUCAAAUAUUGAUAUGUUGAUUAUGGACACUAAUUGACACUGUGACCUUGAUGCUUGAUAGAAUUGCAUCAAUGAAAAGUUUUCUUGAUACUUCCUUUGCUCAAUGUAUAUCUUGGUCUGUUAUUGCGUGAUUUUGCAAAUGUAAAACUGAGGCUUUUUGGCCUUGGUAAUUUUGAUUCUUGUCAUGUUCAGGAUUCAGACGGUUCUGAAACCACAUUUAUAAUUUUUCUUGGUACUUGGGUUUGAGUUGCACAAUAAAAAAAUCGAUGAUUGUUUACUUAUGGAUGGUAAUAUAUUUAUUUUCAUUGGUUUUGAAGUUAUAAGAAGGUCACCAUGGCAACUGAUAUUAAGGUUUAGUAGUUCUACUCAUUUUUAUUCUUUGAGAUACUCCUCCAAUGCAAUUUAUUUUCAUUGGUUUUGAAGUUAUAAGAAGGUCACCAUGAGAACUGAUAUUAAGGUUUAGUAGUUCUACUCAUUUUUAUUCUUUGAGAUACUCCUCCAAUGCAAUUUUGAUGCAACAUUGGAUAUUUUCACAACUUUAACCUUAUGCCACAUUUGAUUUUGUCUUAUUUCAAUGUGUUUAUUUGCCAUCUUUAUGUGCUCAGGGCCAAAAGAAUUGCUAAUCUUGCAGUUUUAAUAGACGUACAUGCUACAGCAUGGUAAAAAAUAAGGGGAGCUUUUAGACGGCCUCUAGGUUAUCGGAUGAAAUCCGGUUGAAUUAUAGGAAGGUUUAGGAGUAUCUCCCUUUUUGGUAUAAAUUUGGCUCCACGAUUGCUUAAACAAUAGUUAGAUUCUGUAACAAACCUGCUAUGAAUAAUUGCAUUGUUACUUUAGUGAAAAGUUCCCGGGCAUUCUAUGUGUUCAUCUGAACUUGGAUUAAAGUAUUCCUUUUGUUAUCCAGUUUCUCACUAAGCAUGUUAUCUUUGUUGCUGAAUUUUGCCUACAGUUUAUGUAUAUUAGGCUCACAUUAUUACUUGAUGGUUGAUGUGGAUUCUACAACUUGGAAAACACAUCUAGGAUAUUCAAGUUGUGUGUGGCUCCUGGGAGAAAGCUUCCAUUCAACCACUUACAUGAGAAUCCAGUGCCGCAGGUGACUCAUUCACGCAAGAACUAUUGUUAAGUUUUUCCUUUUCUCCUUCGAUUCUACAAGCCGCAAAGGAGUGAAGGGUAGAAAAUAUUCCCAUUCUCGUUGAAUUGGUGAGAUUGUCACCAAGUAAGUGCUCUAGAUGUUUCUAUUUUAGAGCAAGAAGCCAAAUCAGCUUGUUCAUUGUAAAUCUUGGAAAACUUGUUGUUUAUUAUCACUUCCAUAUCUGUUAUAAACUUU